UAGCAAACAAACCUUUUUUUUUUUUCUGAGUACGCUUCCUUUUUGUCGUUGAAGCAAAGAAAAAUUUUCAUCUUCUCUGUUCAUCUCUUUACCACGGUGAUGCUUUUUAUCCGAGAUCCAAUCAUGGAGCGAUUUUUAUGAGGAAAGCGAGGAUUCAAUCUCUUUGUCUCAGCUAACCUUAAAAUACUUAAGUGAUUCAAAGAUUGGAGACUAAUCUGUAGCUUGAAACAUGCAACCAGCAAUGAAAGCAGAGGAUGAUGAAUCAGUGAGGAUGAAUGGAAUUGUGUGUUCAAGAUGGAUCGUCUCAAAUAAUAUACAGUCGUAAUGAAACAAAAACUCGAAAUUUUGAAUCAGAAUUGAGGAUCUCUAAGGUUUUCCAUGUCCUCACAGUUGGUGUAAGUUAUUGUUUAAGUUUCCAUCACAGUUUUGAUUGAUGUAAAGAUUCAUAUUUGUGUGUUUGUCUAAUAUCUCUGUAAAUACAAAUAGAUUGUGUAUGGUGGUUUGUAAAUAAUAUAUAUAUUUUAUUUGAUUUGCAUGAUUUCAAACGUUUUGGAGAACGAAGACCAGACUCCUAUUCGAAAUUUAGACAACACAUUUGUCGACCACACUUCAGAUUACAAAACACGUUUGGUCUACAAGGAUGCACUCAAAAGUAUCUCCUCCAAAACUGGUGCUUUGUUUCCAAGAAUGAAUCAGUUUGAGAGUCAGACGUCAUUCCUCUCGGAUGAAGGAAAGAAAAAAAGAUGGAUUCUUCAUCAACUUCAAACCGAGUUUCGUUUGACAACAACAAAGAUGUAGAGGACGAAGAAGAACAAGAAUUGACUACUCCAGAUAAUAGAGGCAAACGUAAAGAAUCUCCUACAGCCAAUGAAGCCAAUAAAGCGCCCAGGAUUCUUCCUCCAAGGUCCAAAAUCUGGAACCAUUACACAAGGACGAAAGAUAAGCGUGACAAAUGUAUCUGUCAUUACUGCAAGAAGAAUUUUUGUUGUAAAACAAAAUCGGGAACUAAAAACUUGCUGAAGCAUAUCAGCAUAUGCAAACAGUUCUACUCGUAUUCAGAUGGCCAAAGUUCAACUCAGCAAGUCAUAGAUGAAGAAGGGAAUGUGAUGUCUACAAAAAUCAGCGAAGAAACUUUCAAAGAAGCAACCAAUGAGAUGAUGGUGAUAGGGGAGUUACCAUUAUGUUGGGUAGAAAGUGUGGCUUGGAAACACUUCUGUAACAAGCUAUCUACUUGUUUAAUUCUUUAGUUUAUUGGGCUAGUUUUGAUUUCUUUUAUAUAAUUUUUUAUUUAUCUGUGCAGAUGAAAUUAGACAAACCUGUGUCAAGGAGGACCUCAACAAGGGAGAUUGUAAAGAUGUACUUGCAGAGGAAGGCUGCUAUGAAAAAGUGGUUUGAAGCAAACAAGCAAAGAGUAUCUCUGACUACUGAUAUUUGGGAGGCUAAAAUAACCCGGGCAAGUUACAUGGUGGUGAAUGCGCAUUACAUUGAUGAGUGUUGGCGAUUGGAGGGAAAAGACUAGAUCCACACCUUGAUCUGAUGUAAUUCUGAAGCUUAUCAUGGGUUCAAACAUGUCAGUGAUCACAAAGGUCAGGCAAUCUCUAGGGUUCUUUUAGAUGUCUUGGCUGAUUGGGGAAUUGAGAAAAUAUUUUGCGUAACUGUUGACAAUGCAACUGCUAAUUCAUCCGCCUUGAGAAGAUUUCAUGGUCAGUUCUCUUUAGUGUCUGAUGAUGCACUAGUUUUAGAUGGAGAAUGAUUGCAUAUGAGAUGUAGUGCACACAUCAUCAACUUGAUUGUGAAGGACGGAUUGACUGAUGCUAAUGAGAGUGUGGAUGCAGUCCGUAAUGUUGUAGUCUAUGUUAGAGGUUCAGGAAAUAGGUUGAUAUCCUUUGAGCAAAAAGUAGAAUCUGGUAGAAUGACUAGGGGAAGCUUGCCUUUAGAUGUUACUACUAGGUGGAACUCCACUUACCUAAUGUUGAGUACAGCUUUGAAGUUUAGAAUUGUGUUUGACAAGAUGGAGACAGAGGAUAACCUCUACAACGAUUAUUUUAUGGAGGUGGGGGAUAAAGGAAAGAAGAGAGCGGGACCUCCUCAAUACGCUGACUGGAAAGCAAUCGAAAGACUACGUCGUUUCUUGGUGAUCUUCUACAACUCUACACUAGUUGUGUCUGCGUCAACAUCUCUCAAUGCUCACAAGUGUUACGAGGAGAUUGUGAACAUAGCCACCAACCUUCUGGCGUUAAGUGAAAGCACAGAUCAUGAGCUGAAGGAUAAGGCUGAGGAGAUGUUCAAAAAGUUUGACAAGUACUGGGAUGGGCUGAAGAACAUCAACAAGAUGUUAAUUGUGGCAACAGUUUUUGAUCCAACAAAGAAGAUAGUGCUGGCAAGCUUGUGUUUUGAUGAGCUCUACGGGAAAGACAGUUUGGAAGGGAAAGCAAUAUAUGAUUCGGUGAUUUCUGUUUUGCGCAGUUCAUUUAAAGAGUAUGGUGCAAAAUAUGGGAAGGAAGCCAGUGGGAAAUCUGAUGAAGCUAAAACUAGCAACAGUGGAUCCACUCCUUGUAGUCGAGAACUGAGCAUGAUUGGUACGGAUUUACAUGAUGAUGGUUUAGGUUACAAGCGAAUUGGCCGAAGGUACAAGGAGAUGCUUAAUGAGAUUGGAGUAAAAGAUAAUCUGGAUGAGCUGGAUAUAUACUUGAAAGAAGGAGUUGAGAAUCCAGAUAUGAUGGCUGGUGUAGAGUAUGAUGUGAUCUCGUUUUGGAAGCAAAAUUGUACCAAGUUCCCAAUUUUGUCGCGGAUUGCAAAGGAUGUCCUUGCAAUGCAGGUUUCUUCUGUUGCAUCCGAGAGUGCCUUCAGUACAGGUGGAAGGAUCAUAAGCCCAUCUCGAAGCUGCCUUACUCACUUCAUGAUUGAGGUAUUGAUGUGUACUGAACAAUGGCUUAAGCAAGACAUUUCUUGCGAGUCAAGAGUGCUUACUAAUGCAGAAAUCAUUGAAGACAUUGAAGAACAAGAAAAGAUUAAGAGAGAAUUUGCUAUAUGACAUCAAAAGCCUCUUCGUUUCUAAGGAGUAGUACGUUCCACAUCAUGAUUGUCAAGUACUCCUAAGCUAAAGAUUGUUCCAAUGUCUCUCAUUUACUUGUGUGUCUUUCAGUUUACGUUUGUUGUUUCUUUUAAGUCUUUAGUUUCAAAACUUUUAAAUGUUGUUAUUUUCAGUAUUGAUGCGUUUUAGGAUGUUGCUAUUUUCUGUUUUAAAAACCUUUGUAUUCAGUUUCACACAUUCAGUUAUGUGUUUCUUUUGAUU